AUGCGUCGAGAGAUUAGUAGAUUGGCAACUAGACCAGUCUAUCUCAGGCAAUUCGAACGACUGAAGACAAAGGAGUUGAAAGAAACCGCUAGGAUUAGUAGAAGAAAGCCGUCCACCAUAAAAUCCAAACUGAGCUUGCCAAGGAUCUCAUUCAGGCAGCAGCAAUCCAGGAAACAAUCCUUCCUCAACCGACCAAUCAAGGAGCUCGUCGCCAGUGACGUCAUCGAUGCUAAUUUGCUAAUGAUCAUAGACACCAUAUUCAAGACUGGCCCCAGCGACUGCCGAACUUUCGUGAAAUCCGGCAGUGAGAAGUUGGUGAGCAGAAUCAUAGAAGCCAUUGACAAUGAUGAGUUCAUAAACUGGGGUGUCUAUGAUGUUCAUGUGCUGGCAGAGGUUUUGAAGAAAUACUUAGGAAAUUUGAAGGAAUGUCUGGUUACAAACAAGUUAACCGACGAUUUCUUGAAAGUUCUCAAAAUAAGCAACAAAAAUGAACAAAAACAUACAUUGAUCAAAUUAUUCCAGCUACUCCCCCCAGAGCACUACCUCCUCUGCAACCACAUCUUUUCCACCAUGCACACGGUGGCUUGGGCCAACGACAAAUUCGACUGUGGCGACAGUAGCCGCCACACUGUUGACCGUAGCAGCACCACCAACACCAACCGGACGAUCAGAAGUAGUGGUGGUAGCAGUAGUAGCAGGAGCAGUGGCAACUAUAGCCACAGAUCUUGGUCGGCUUCUUCAAGUGGUAGAAAGAGUAGUAGUAGUAGUAGUGGUCGAGGUGGUAGUGGCGGUAGUGGUAGCGGUGGCUAUAAUAUGAAGCUGCAUAGGAUUGCUGUCUGCAUGGGGCCUUACGUAUUCCGCGGGUCUGGAAAGUUUGAGGGAAAGUGCAGAUGUGAUGAGGUGGAGGAGAGGAAAAUGGCGAAGAGUUGUCUUAAAAAAGGAGCACUGUUGGAGCUGACGUUGAGCCACUACUUCGACAUCUUCGCAACCGCCAUCUACCAGAUGAAGAUGUGGAUGUUGCAGCCAGAUGAAUUCAGGGAUAGGAUGAGGAAGAUAAACCAUCCCCUCGCCGGAACCAUCCAACCUUCAGUCCAUCAGGUCAAGUCAUAUGACAGCAGGGUGUUCAAUGAUGUCAAGAAGAAAUUAGUCUUCUAA